CGACGUUGCGUUACAAACGCAGUCACUUCCUCCACCAAUAAAGCACCAAAAAAUUCACUUUACUCUUCUUUACCCAUUUGAUCAAAUCCGAGUCUCUUUCUUCUCUCUCUCUACAAUGGCGAAAGAACCAGUUCGCGUCCUCGUCACUGGUGCUGCAGGGCAAAUUGGAUAUGCUCUUGUUCCCAUGAUUGCCAGAGGAGUUAUGUUGGGUCCGGACCAGCCUGUGAUUCUUCACAUGCUUGAUAUUCCACCUGCUGCUGAGGCACUGCAUGGAGUGAAAAUGGAGUUGGUGGAUGCUGCAUUUCCUCUCCUUAAAGGUGUUGUUGCUACAACUGAUGUUGUUGAGGCAUGCACUGGAGUCAAUAUUGCUGUCAUGGUUGGUGGGUUCCCUAGGAAAGAAGGUAUGGAAAGAAAAGACGUGAUGUCAAAAAAUGUUGCCAUUUACAAAUCUCAAGCUUCCGCUCUGGAGAAGUAUGCUGCUGCAAACUGCAAGGUUUUGGUUGUUGCUAACCCUGCCAACACCAAUGCAUUGAUCCUGAAGGAAUUUGCACCAUCAAUAUCUGAGAAAAACAUUACUUGUUUGACGAGGUUGGACCAUAACAGGGCCCUUGGUCAAGUCUCAGAGAGAUUGAGUGUUCCAGUAUCUGAUGUGAAAAAUGUCAUUAUUUGGGGAAAUCAUUCAUCAACCCAGUAUCCUGAUGUUAACCAUGCUACUGUUAAGACAUCAGCUGGAGAGAAGCCUGUGCGUGUGCUUGUUGCUAAUGAUGAAUGGUUGAAUGGAGAAUUCAUAACGACUGUACAACAACGUGGUGCUGCUAUCAUCAAGGCUAGAAAGCUCUCUAGUGCGUUAUCUGCUGCUAGCUCUGCUUGUGAUCACAUACGUGAUUGGGUCCUUGGAACUCCGGAGGGCACUUGGGUUUCUAUGGGUGUAUACUCUGAUGGCUCAUACAAUGUGCCAGCUGGGCUUAUUUACUCUUUCCCUGUUACUUGCCGCAAUGGAGAAUGGACAAUUGUUCAAGGUCUUCCAAUUGACGAGUUGUCGAGGAAGAAGUUGGACUUGACAGCGGAAGAGCUCUCUGAGGAAAAGGCUUUGGCAUACUCGUGCCUUUCUUGAAUUCUCUUCAACCCUUCGUAUUGGCGAAGUAAGUCAGUCUUGUGGCUUGUGUUUGGAAAUAACUACAGUUUUGAAUAAUGCCAUUGUUGGAUUUUCUUGAGUGGACAAGUAACGAUGGAGAAUCUGCUUUUACAGUUCUUGUGCAUUCCUCAUUUAUACGAGGAUACUUGAAAUUUGAACACCUACUUCUGGUGGAUAGAGUAACCCCGUGUUGGGUCCAUGAAUGAGAUUUAUAAGAGCAGAGUUUUUAAUACAAAAUCGGUUAUCUUCAUUUUGUUAUGCUUCUGUCACUUGAAAAUUCUAUGCAUGCGGGAUUGCUUUGAAUACAGUAGAGAUUGAUAUAUUGAUAUUUUGGUUGAAGCAUGAAUGAUUGAAGCCUUUUCUGAUCAAUGCUUCUAUUUUCAUUGUAUCAUGUACUUGCCCUUAAAGGUGGCCUUGUGUUUAUUAAUUGAGGUAAGCUGUGCAUUUAAUUUUA